CACCGGUCCCGCAUCUCACGCGCAUCGCCGCCGGCCCAGUCCUUCCUCGCCUGGACGCCGCGCCUCCGCCGUCUCCACCCCGUCCGAGCCUCACGGCUUCUGGGCGCACGCAGUCUAGAUCCUGCCAUGGCCCGGGAACGGCUUGUUAGCUAGGUUGCGCAGGCAAGAUUUUAUUUUUUGCCUGUUUGAUCCGAGCGAUGUGAUAUGCUGAGCGAGCGACGCCAUGGCCCGCGCCGGGAGCAUGGGCGGGGCCCUGCGCCAGCCGGAUCGCGGAGGCCGCGCGGCGGUACAGCGCCAUGGCGGAUUGAGGGGUAGGCGGUGGACUUCUUCGCCGGUCGGUCGAAGGAGAAGGGUGUGCUUUGGGGAAAAUGGUGACAUUGGAUGUCUGAAAUUUCUUUCAUGCAAACAUAAACAGUUUGCGAGGGCGUCCCGUUUGGGUCCAUGGACUGCACAGGCGAUGUCCGGGGCAGAGCCUUCUGCUGGUGGCGGCGAUGCGGGUGAGAUCAUCGACGCGGUGGAAGUGGAACCUAGCAAUCCUGGGGCUUCCUUUCUUGCAAAAGUGACAGUUGCUAUGGGUGUUGCGGUGACGGUCACCGCGAUAUCCAUCUUCGUGAAGCAACCUUCUUCUGGUUUUUCUUUCAGCCUGUCACAGAUUAUUGAUGCUUCCGCGCAGUCAGAUACUAUCAGAUAUACAUUUUCUCAGUUCGCGAAGAAGGUCAUAAUUCUGGAAUACACGCAAGGGUGGGUCUACUUCUGGUUGCUCAUGGAUGCUGGAUUUGGACUGUUUAUUAGUGAAGAAGCUUUAAACGUUUGGGUAUGUCCUCUGUACUGGUACCUCAGACUAUUCUCCCAGAUGGCACAUUGUCUGCCAUCGUCUCUGAAUUGGCACUCGAUAUGUAUGAGAAACGAAUUUGGAAAGACCUGAAAGACCUGCAAAUGAAAGGGCUUCUUAUAA